AUGGUGAAAGCAACUGAACACAUGCUUUUUAAGUGCACGUCUGCGCUCAACAAACGAUCAGCAAGUGAAUCCAUUGAAAAUUAUCUCAAACGCAUGACACAUCUUUAUUUGGAUAACAAGGAAAUUGAUGACAUGGGUGACAUUCUGAAACUGUGCCCCGAACUGCAAGUCCUCUACCUUUACGACAACAAAAUGGAUCACAUACCCCUUUUUCCUAACAAUAUCAAUCUGACUCACCUCUAUCUGCAGAACAACGAAAUUCGACGGAUCUCGCAUUUGCAGGACCUUAAAAACUUGCAGAAACUUUUUCUCUCAGGAAAUAGAAUUUCAGUUCUCGAGGGCCUAGAAUGUCUGGAAAAGUUGACUGAACUUAAAAUGGAUUUGCAGCGUCUUCCGCCUGGUGAAAGUCUUAUUAUCGAUGAUCACAGCCUGAAAGCGUGCAGUAAAUCGCUUAAAUUUCUAGACCUGUCCCGAACCAAGUUGUCCACACUUAACGGCCUUGAACAUUUGGAGCAAUUGGAAUAUCUGUCAGUGUCUCAUAACGAUAUAUCACAGCCCAAUGAAAUACUUCCCGUCCUCUCCGCCCUACACAAUUUGAAGAAAAUCGAAUUGGCCGAAAACCCUGUGCUAAGUGUUCCAAGAAUACGCGAGGCAAUAAUCUUUCACACCAAAAGCCUCGAAUUGUUGGAUGGAAAGCCUAUAUCGACACCAGGAAGGCAGUUUAUCGAAAACUGGUGCGCCCACAAAAUCGCUCAUGGAAAAAACCUAAGUAUACUGAAGCCGAACGGUACGACCGUUAGCUGA